AUAGAACAAUAAUUGAGCAAAGCCCUUUAUAUAUUGUUUAAACUGAGCAAUGAAAAGCUUAUAAAACAGACGCUAGGGUUUAUUAACAUAAAAGAGCUUCUUAACUAAAGAUGACAGCGAAAGCGAAUAUCAUGCCUAUCAUUAGCAAGAUAUACUGCUCUUCUUCUCAGGCAGUGCUUGUCGUGAGGAAGAGGCCUCAUGCCGUUAACGGCGGAGGAUUUGUGGUGACAAAUUGCAGCCAAAAGGUUGUUUUCAAAAUUGAAGGCUGUGGAGUUCUUGGCACUAAGGGAGAACUCCUUGUCAGAGAUGGUGAUGGAGAUCCUCUGGUUCUCAUCCGCCGGAAGGGAGGUCUGGUUCAGGCCUUAAGCAUUCAUAGGAAGUGGAAGGGUUACGCUUAUAACUAUGAAGGAUUUCAAAAAUCAGUUUUCAGCUUAAAGGGACCCAACUCAUCAUGCCUGGUGAGGAGCAAUGCCAUAAGGAUCUCCACUGAAACCUGCAGCGACAGCAACAAAGCCUGGGACUAUGAGAUCAAAGGCUAUUUCCCAGACAAGGAUUGUACCAUUGUUGAUUCCAAAGGGAACAUUAUCGCUCAGAUUGGAGUGAAGAAAGAGAUAGAGGAAUUGAUGACAAACAAGGAUCUGUAUCACAUAGAGGUGAAGCCAGGAAUCGAUCAAGCUUUUGUUGUUGGCAUAGUUGCCACUCUAGAUUACAUAUAUGGCGAAUCUACUAGGUGCCAAUCAAUUCCGAAUAUAAUGAAUAAGGAGAUUAAUUAAUCAGAUUAUGGUUUCUCCCACAUAGUGUUAAUUAUAUGAGAGAAUUAGGUUAUAGAUUAAGAUUCUCUUAUCUGUUGCUGCUACUAAUUGUUAAUUGUGUGUGCUUGAUUUCUUUUCCUUUGUUUAGUGACUACGUAACCUUUGUGGUUUGCAAAUGCACAUGACUCUUGAAAAAGCUGUUUAUAAUUAUUGCUUAAUGAGUACUUAAGUUUGAUUGUGCAUCA